CUUGGGGAUCAGCCCCAAGAGGUAGGGGAAGCCUUCUGCCACCGAGAGCCCAGCCGUCAGUUGUCUCCGAGGAAGAUGGGCAGCCCUGGCACAGGUGUGCACAUGGCCACUACCCUAGGAGUGCUGUGGUUCUUCUUCACAGGUGCAGUAGAGGUCCAGGUCCCUGAAGACCCUGUGGUGGCCCUGCUGGGCACCGAUGCUACUCUGCGCUGCUCCUUCUCACCGGAGCCCAGUUUCAGUCUGGAGCAGCUCAACCUCAUCUGGCAGCUGACAGACACCAAACAGCUGGUGCACAGCUUCACGCAGGGCCAGGAUCAGGGCAGCGCCUAUGCCAACCGCACUGCACUCUUCCCUGACCUACUGGCUCAGGGCAACGCAUCCCUGAGGCUUCAGCGUGUUCGUGUGGCUGAUGAGGGCAGCUUUACCUGCUUCGUGAGCAUCCGAGACUUUGGCAGUGCUGCAGUCAGCCUGCAGGUGGCAGCCCCCUACUCAAAGCCCAGCAUGACCCUGGAGCCCAACAAGGACCUGCAGCCUGGAGAUAUAGUGACCAUCACAUGCUCCAGCUACCAGGGCUACCCUGAGGCCGAGGUGUUCUGGCAGGAUGGGCAGGGUGUGCCUUUGGCGGGCAAUGUGACCACAUCGCAGAUGGCCAAUGAACAGGGUUUGUUUGACGUGCACAGUGUUCUGAGAGUGGUGCUGGGUGCUAAUGGCACCUACAGCUGCCUGGUGCGCAACCUUGUGCUGCAGCAGGACACUCACGGCUCCGUCACCAUCACAGGAGAAAAUAAGAACUAUCAGAUAGUGAGGUUGACUGCAGUGGUUCAAGAGAAGUCUCCAGGGACUGGACAGCCCAUGACAUUCCCCCCUGAGGCCCUGUGGGUGACCGUGGGACUCUCUGUCUGUCUUGUUGCACUGCUGGUGGCCCUGGCCUUCGUGUGCUGGAGAAAGAUCAAACAGAGCUGUGAAGAGGAGAAUGCAGGAGCUGAGGACCAGGAUGGGGAUGGAGAAGGAACUAAGACUGUCCUGAGGCCUCUAAAGCACUCUGAAAACAAAGAAGGCACCACCCUGGUGACCUUCUGUACUUGGCCUAUUGUCCUUGCUCUGUGCAUGUCUCUCUAACUGUCUAUCACAGAUCUGAGUGGCUUCCACCUAGAAAAUCAAGGCUGAUUGCCAAAGGUAUGGAGCCUUAGAGUUUUUUCAAGUCACCUUGGUGUCCCUGUUAGGAAUUCCUGGGUGCUCAUCCCUGCAUUUAGCUUUCCUCUGGGUCCCAGGCUCUGGACUUGCUGGGCAAGCACAGGGGCAGUCCACAGGAGGAGAGCUAUUUUCCCAGACAGACAGACAGACUGCCAAAGAAUAGGAGAGAAAGGGUGGGUCACACAUGACCCUGUCUUCCUUCUAAACUCUCCAUUCAGGCCAGGAGUAGAGUGAGGCCAGGACUAUGAAUCCAUGAGGUGCCCUCUACAUGGAGACAAGAAGCCAGGGGGAAAAAGGUUUCCCACAGCAUGACUGCUAGGGAAAUUGGUAUGGGAAAGAAAAGAUGGAAAGGGUUUCCUGCUAGCUGACAGAGGCAAUGGGAAGGGAAAAGUGUGCCAGGCAGAGGGGCAAGUGGGAGGGAAGUGUUUGAGUUGAGUGGACCCAUGAGGAUUGGUGAGGACUAAGCAGUCUCCCUCAGGCGCCCUGGUGGUCUGUCUGAUGCCCAACUCUGGUGUUUGUGCUUUUGGGGCCGUGGGACAGCACUAGUGCUGGGGACUACUGCUAGCUGGACCUCUGUGGCCACUCCCAUACACACUGCCCACACUGAAGUAUAUGACCAUGUCCUGGGCUUCUGGCACUCUCCCAAGAGUAGAACUCAGAUACUUAAUUCUCC